UCAAUAACUCAAGUUAGACCGGUUUCUCUCUGGUUAACCGAAAACCGCCAUGCGCGUCUCGUCCCUUGCUGCCGCCCUGUUCUUCCCUCGUCGUUUCCACCACCGCGUAACUUUUGCUGUUUAUACAUAAACAAGCCUUGAUUCGUUCGUCCUUAAUCAAAUUGCUCAAAUUUUCACAUGCAUUGAUCGUAUAAUGUGUGCUGAUUUCUCAAAUUCCUAACCUAACCCUAGUUUCCACGAUUGCGUUUACUCUCUUCCCAUGAACCUUAUUUUUCUUUUCCCUCUGAACAGUUAGUUCUCAAAUGCCUCGUUACAAGGACGAGUCCCCUGCAGUUCGGGUCUACACUGUAUGUGAUGAAUCCAGAUAUUUGAUUGUGAGGAACGUUCCAGAAUUCUACAUCCCUACAGUGGGAAAAGAGAAACAAUUACAUAUGAAUCUAAAUGUUGUGUGCAAUUGUUCUUUAGAUGUAAUCAGAGGCUUAGAGCUUGAGGCUGUGGUCUCUUUAGAUCUUCUAGCUGAUGUCAUGGGGAAGGAUUAUUUUGCUUCACAUUCCAUGAAUCAAACAGUGAGUCUUGUGCGGGAUAAGCUAGAUAAGAUUCAAUCAAGUGGUGAGAAUAUUCAAGCUGGAUCUGCAUCAAAGAAACAACGAGUUGAUAAUAGGAGGAGAGUUUAAUCUGUAAAUUAAUUCUCUGUUCUUUUGUUCUCACCCGUGCUACCAUGUUUUAUAUGAUUUUGGGUGUGUUAAAGCUCAACCCCCAAGCCUGUAAUGAAAAUUUUGGCAGGUGGAAUUUGAAUUGAGUCUCAUCCAAUUAUAUUGUGGGUCAUAUACUCUGUACCAAGAUAGUUUUUUUCUUUUUUUGUAUAAUGUUACUAACUGAUAGCACAUCAGCAAUCCGUCCAGGUAACAGUGCUAGAACACUUUCUAAUUCCCAGUCACCAUGCAAUUUGUUUGCUAGCUUUUUGUUAACCAAGCCACACCUUAUAGGAAACCUUAUAUUGAAAUUACAUGUUUAUUAUUUCAAAUUUGAAUUAUAUGGCAAAUAGGGUUUCCAUUUGGAUUGGUGCUAGUUAUUUCGUGCAUAAACGAUGCAAUUAUUCCGCAGCCACAGCUUAAUUGGUGAUGAUCAUGUGAAUUGGGUGGGUGCUACACCAAACAUUUUAAUUGUAUAUGUACCACAAACUUUGUACUUCGACGCUUCGGCCUUUGUUAGGAACAAAGCACGGGACGCGAACAACCUAGCUCGAGGGCUAGGAACCUCCAUAGAAGAAGAGGGAGAGAGAGCCAGAGAGAGAACUAAGGGAAGAAUCUUUUUGAUAUAUUUCCAGCAUAACAUUGCAGAAACGCUUUUUACACUAUAUAAAGGCUGCUAAGGAACAAGUUCCCGACAUCAAUAACAAGAAAAUACACAAAUUCAGGGAAUAUCCUAACAGAAUGAUAUUCCCUUAUUCACCACUACAAAGGCACUACCAGAAAGAUACGAAUCCUACUACGCGCUUCAUGUACGUGCGAUGCAUGUAGCAUGUGUCAUAGCUAGCCACGUGUUGUUGCCUCCCUUUUGGGUCUUAUGCUUUUUCUUCUUGCAAACCCCUUAUUUCAUGCAGUCCCAUAUUACUAUCCCUAUCAUUCUUCCACUUACACCCAUUUGUACUCUGUUUGACCCACCAACAAAAAUUCACUGUUGUGUUAAGAUUUGUUGCAUGGUGACCUAGCCUUCUAUGCUAGACAUAUAUAUCCAUGCUUGGUUAGAACUUAGAAAAAGUAUACAUAUUGCAUGGCAAUUUUCUGAACGUGAAGAUCAUAGCUUUAUUUUAGAAAUUAGAAUGGAGUAUGUUCCUAGCAUUAAUUGUUGGGCAAAUUACACUCACAUUUUCUAAAAUUUAAUGAUAUUAAUCGUCGGCCAUCGUAGAGUGCUCUGCGUAUCUGAUUCAUCGCUGGCAGUUUCAUUAGUUUCAUAGCUUUGAUCAAAGAACAUACUGCUAGAACUUGAGAGAUAAAUGUUGCUCAUUCUCAGAGAGAGAGGGAGGGAAACUACUGUGCUGAUUAUUAUCUAGCCAAGGUGGGGGCAAACUCUGGAGUUCAUUUUCAGAGAGUUGAAACUAUACCAUCGUAGUUACUGGGCAUGUUAGAUGCUGGUGCUCGGAGACUUAGCUUGAUAUUGUAAUUUUUGUCUUGUUAUAGUCAGUUACAAAAAAAUAAAAUAUCGGA